AUGCCCACCAUCUUAAUAUCCGGAGCUGCCUCUGGUCUAGGACGGGCGUUCCUAGACGCUUACUCGAGUGAAAGGACCAAUACUGUCAUAGCAAUUGACAGAGAGCAUAUUCACCUGUCCGCACAUCAUCAUGCAGCAACCAUAACUUCUCACAUUGUUGAUAUCACUGACGAGAGAUCCAUCAACGAUUUCACCGCCUCGUUGAGUCAAACACCGAUUGAUCUUUUCAUUCACAGCGUGGGUAUCCGCGGUCUGGUUCCUGCUGUGGAAAAUGCUCAACCCGACUCUGUCGCUGCUGCCGAAACUCUGCAUGUCAUGGACUUGUCGACCCUCAUGCACACUUUUCAAGUAAACUCUGCUGCUACAUUUCUUCUCGUACGAUCUCUUCUGCCAAACCUUAGACAGGCAGGUGCCGCAAAGGUUGUCGUCAUGUCUUCACGAAUGGGCAGUGUUGGACACAAUACCACAGGCUCAGCUUAUGCAUACCGUGCAAGUAAGGCUGCCCUCAAUGCUAUCAUCAAGAGCUUCAGCAUUGAUGUGCCCGAGGUUGUGUUUGUGCUUUGCCAUCCAGGACGCGUAGAGUCGAGGCUGGUCAAGUACAAGGAAGAAGGGGCUAUAAGUGCGCAAGAGAGUGUUGCUGGUCUACUUCGGCUUGUUCGGAGUUGGAACCAAAACCACAGCGGUCAUUUCUACGAUCGAUUCGGUGAGCCCAUUGUGUGGUAG